AUGGCCACUUUAAGCGUUAUGACCAUGGAUAUCGUGCCUAGUGUCCAUUGCCCGCUAAACCAGGUGGAUAUAUACCUGUCUUUCACCACUGCCACGAGCCUCCCUCGCAUUGAUGCUGACCUAAAGGUGCCCGAUGAGGACCGCAAGGCCCUAGUUCGCAUGAUCGUCGACCACAAUAUGGUCGGCAAGCUGGCUAUCUAUCUGCUCCAUAGCCACGAACCCCUAAAGCCAGGCGAGGUCAAGCUCGAGAACAAGCUCGAAACUGCCCCCGGCAACCUCCAUGGCCUGGCUUUUAAGAUCGAGCUUAAGGGCGGCGAGAAUGAAACUCUCUGUCUUAUCCCAUACGAAUUUGCCAAGGGACCGUCGCCCGUCGCUAAAGACGACAUAAAAGUCUUAGACUAUAUAAUGGUGCUAGCCAAUUACAUUAUUAAGCGUGGCUUGGCCGACGUCCUCGCGCUCUAA